AAUGAUUUAAAAGCAAAAAACAGUAAAAUAAAUUUAAGUAUUUUAAAAAACAAAAAAUGUCCUUAUUCUUUGGACAACCCCAUCCGGGGGAAAAAGAUAAACAUUUAAGAGAGUUUCUCUCUCAUCUAUUCAUGGAGUGUAUGAUACGCUAUAAAAAUGAGUCAAUCAAUGAAAAUCAAACGGAAACCAGCAGCAUUAUGCCCAGCAACACAGCAGAUUAUCCCACCGCCAUACCACGUUAUCUGGAGGAUGCUGUACUCUAUGAGGGUUCGAUUGAUAUGCAAAAUGUCAAUGAGAAUGAAGCGCAACGUAAUGAAUUGUAUGCCACCAUUAAUACCAUCACUUUGGCAACUGAAGCUGCUGCUGAUGAUGAUCUCAAUAACUAUGAUACUGAGGAUAUCAACAACUAUACCACCAGCUUCACCACUUUGGCGAGCAGCAGUAGCUUUAGUAAUUUGUUGACAAAAUCAUCUGCAGCCUCAUCAUCAGCACUGUAUUGUCCUGUGCGUUUUGAUGGUUAUCUGUGCUGGCCACGAACCCCAGCUGGCACGGUGUUAAGUCAAUAUUGUCCGGAUUUUGUGGAGGGUUUCAAUAAUAAAUUUCUGGCGCACAAAACCUGCUUGGAAAAUGGCUCCUGGUAUCAACAUCCCGAAAGCGGCCAGGAAUGGUCCAACUAUACCAACUGCAUAGACUAUGAAGAUUUGGAGUUUCGCACCUUUGUCAAUGAGCUGUAUGUCAAGGGCUAUGCUGUCUCCUGUUUGGCUUUAAUAUUUUCCCUCAUCAUUUUCUUGGGUUUUAAGUCCCUACGUUGCACCAGAAUACGCAUACAUGUUCAUCUGUUUGCUUCUUUGGCUUUCACUUGCGUCACUUGGAUUUUGUGGUAUAAACUGGUGGUGGAGCAACCUGACAUGAUACGCAAUAAUCCGUACUGGUGCAUUGGUUUACAUCUGGUCAUACAUUAUUUUAUGCUGGUCAACUACUUUUGGAUGUUCUGUGAGGGAUUACACUUGCAUUUGGUGUUGGUGGUGGUCUUUGUCAAGGACACUAUUGUUAUGCGUUGGUUUAAAAUCUUUUCCUGGCUGUCACCUUUCAUUUUUCUAACCGCUUAUGGUGUGGCUAGAUUUUUACAUGUAGAAGAUAAUCAACACUGCUGGAUGGAUGACAGUCUGUUGCUGUGGAUAUUCUCGGUGCCAGUAUGCAUUUCAUUGGUGGCCAGUUUCUUCUUUCUCAUCAAUGUUUUGCGUGUGAUAGUGCGCAAACUACAUCCCCAAUCAGCCCAGCCGGCACCGUUGGCCAUACGCAAAGCCGUAAGAGCGACAAUUAUAUUGGUGCCUCUGUUUGGUUUACAGCAUUUCCUCUUACCCUAUCGCCCUGAAUCGGGUUCGCCCUUGGAACGUUUCUAUCAAUUAUUGUCGGUUAUUUUGGUUAGUUUGCAGGGUUUUGUGGUAUCAUUUCUCUUCUGUUUUGCCAAUCAUGAUGUUACCUUUGCGGUACGCAGUCUAUGCAAUCGUUUGGCUCCCAGUAUUAUCUCACCACCGCCACCCUCUAGUCAUACAGGACAAAUGGCCACCACCACCCCCAGCCGGGAAUUGGGGGUUUAAACAAGAGUCUUGCUUUUUUCUAGCUUAAAGAAAUUUAAGCUUAUAAAAAAAAGUUUUAAUAAAUAUAAAUGUCUAUUAAAUCAAAUCAAUUUAUUAUAAGUAUUUAUUAUCCCUCCCUAAACUGUUUAUAAGUUUAAGAGUAUUUAUUCUUUUCUUUAAUUUCCUGUUAAGGAAAAUGUAAUUUUCGUUAAGCUUUACAAAUACAGGAAACGCAUUUAUUUACUACCAUUUUUUUAUUUAUAUAUUGAAAUGAUUUAUUUUCUUUAUUUAUAUUGUUCUGUAUUUUUUCAAAGAAAUCAUUCAAAAUAAAUAAGUUAAAGUAGUAAAAAUAAGAAAAACUAAACAAAAUUCCUAUUAAAUGUUAGUUAUAAGUUGAAAAGAACAAAAAUUAAUGGUUUACAGGAAACCAGGAAAUAAACGUAUAAAAAAAUAA